GCAGCUUUUGAUGUUAUUCAGACUGAUAUCGUUCCUAUCUAAACCGAGCUUUGAUAUUCGGACAUUUUUGGUCUUCGGAUAUUUUACCACCCCUCGGCCGAUACCGCCCGCCCCACUAAAACACCCCGCCAUGCGCUGCGGUAAUAAAAAUGACUUGCUUCAGGUCGUGACCAGUUCUUGAACUUGCUUUCUUUCGCACUCGACUUUGUCGCAGCCACGACAGUUUUACUUUCAAACACCAAUUCGGCCCUCCUGCAUCUGGAUAUCGGUUUGCAGUCUGCAGUCUGCUCUUCAGCAUUGAGCAUUGUUAACAUGGGCGCCACAAUCGUUCUUGGAGCCCAGUGGGGGGUAUGGAGUGAAUUGACUGAACUGCGAACUAGAACAAUUGCUGACCCAUUGGGAACAGGAUGAGGGUAAGGGAAAGCUGGUCGAUAUUCUCACAGAGUCUGCGGAUAUGGUCGCAAGAGCGCAGGGAGGAAAUAAUGCUGGUACGUUGAAGAAUUCUCAGCUUGUCGCAGGGCUAACAAAUUAACUUUGGAUUAGGUCAUACCAUUUCGCACAACGGCAAAUCCUAUCACUUUCACCUCCUUCCUUCAGGUCUCAUGAACCCAAAAUGUAUCAAUCUGAUCGGAUCGGGCGUUGUUGUACACGUCCCUUCUUUCUUCAAGGAACUCGCCGAGCUGGAAGAGCAGGGCCUCGUGAAACCUCGCGAACGACUCUUCCUCAGCGAUCGCGCGCAUCUUAGUUUGAAGUCGGUACACUCUGCCCUAUAAAAUUGGACUUGUAAUUGAUAUGGUUUAGUGUUCAUGCGCUGGUUGAUGGACUGGAGGAAGUGGAGUUGGGAGGAAAUUCUAUUGGAACCACCAAGCGCGGCAUUGGCCCAACAUACAGCACGAAGGCUGCGCGUAGUGGCAUCCGAGUUGGCGAUAUCUUCCACAAGGAGCUUUUCGACAGAAAGAUCCGCGAGAUCGCACGCGCAUACAAGCUUCGAUAUGGAGAUCUACGUAAGAGACCCUUCCUUUUGGCCCUGCGCUUUUGGGUGGCCUUGUUCAAUCGCUUCACUGAUUUCUGCGUAUUCACUUUUCUGCUCCAACUGACCUCAUGGUUUAGUUGAUUAUGACGUUGAGAAAGAGAUCGCAAAGUUCGAUGUAAGUCUUGCUGCAUACUUCGUCACUCUGUAUCGAUACCUCUCUAACAGAAAAAGAAAUAUCGCACCGAACUUGCCCCUCAUGUUGUUGACGCAGUUCCGUUGAUCGCUUCGGCAGAGGCCAGUGAAUCUCGACUUCUUGUGGAGGGUGCAAACGCAUUGAUGCUGGAUCUCGAUUUUGGAAGUUACCCCUAUGUAACUUCGUCGAAUACUGGUCUUGGGGUUCGUUCGAUAGGGUUUCUCGCUGGGAUGAUGAAAUGCUAAUGUUAAUAGGGAAUCUUUACUGGACUGGCUUUGAAUCCAACAAAGAUUUCAAAGAUUAUUGGUGUUGGUUAGUAAUUCCCAAUUCUGCCCCAUUCGUGUCGUCAAUUUCGAAUAUCUCAGUCUUCGGUCACUCCAAUAUUAUUGCUAAUUUUUACCUCAGUCAAGGCUUAUACCACACGAGUAUGCUAUAACUGUUUCGAGCUAUUUUGUUUCAAACUGCUAAUGCAAAAGUAGGUCGGUGGAGGACCUUUCCCUACGGAGGAUCUCACAGAGGAAGUUGUAAGUGACAGUCAUAUCAUUACAUCAUGGUAUCUCAGGUGUGAAAGCACACUGACUUUCUCUAGGGAGUUAAACUGCAGGAAAUUGGUCGAGAAUUCGGCGUUACCACGGGAAGAAGACGUCGAUGUGGCUGGUAAGCGCUAGGUCCUGGAUUUGGAGUCAAUGCUAACUGCCUCAAAGGCAAGAUUUGGUAGUUGUGAAGUAUAGUACUCAAAUCAAUCACUGUAAGUUCUACGCCCUUUUGAUCGCCAUAAAUAGAGAAAGAAGUUCUAUGUACUAACUACGAGCCAGAUACUGAAAUCAACCUCACCAAACUCGAUGUUUUGGAUACCUUCAAGACAAUCAAGAUUGCGACUCAAUAUCUGGACGAGAAUGGUGAGGAUAUGGGGUAUGUUUUCCAUCUGAAUCCGAACUUGAAAAAGAAAAAUACUUACUCCCAUUUCAAGUUGGCCUGCAGAUCUCAGCCAAUUGGAGAAAUGCAAAGUUGUUUACCAUGAGAUGGAAGGAUGGCAGAAACCCACAACUGAAGCAAGAAGUUACUAUGAUCUACCAAAACAAGCUCGUGAAUAUGUGGAAUACAUUGAGGUAAGAUAUAAGAUCAUACCUGCAGUUACGUGGAAACAAUGCUAACCUAAUGUCGCAGACGUUUGUUGGUGUUAGAGUGAGUAUUACCUAUUUGCUAUUCCUGUCACGUGAUCAAAAUGAAACCGUUCUCAGCCUCCGAGAGAUUAUACUUUUUUGGAGUCAUCCUUCCCAUGCAAAUCCAUAAUACUGACUUUUGUAUUCUCAGAUUGCUUGGAUUGGCACAGGACCUAGCAGAGAUGCAGUUAUUAGGAGAUAAUCUUUCAUGGAUUUUCAGCUAUUUGCAUCACUCGAAAAUUGAGGUUCCCUAACAUUGUACAUAGAAGUUUUCGGAUUCUGUUUUAGAAAGAGAACGAUCGGACAAUAUUUCUGUCGGUAAUCUUGAACAUGUAUUCAAUAAGUCAAUGAGUACUCGAGAAGACAAAUGAUCUAUUAUGCGC